AUGGACAACGACGACUAUGAUCUUUUAGGGAAAUGUAGAAAAAUACUUCAAGAUCUAUUAGACGAAGAUAGCAAAUAUGAUAAUCUUAUGCAUGAGGAAGAAAUAGACUAAGUGCGAUUGAACAUUCUCAAAGAUGACUUGAAUGCAUUUAGCACAAUUAAUCAUAAUAGCGCAAAGAAUAUCAACUCAGAGAAGUCUUCAAGAAUAAGGCAAAUAAAUUCAAAUAACUCACCGAACAUUAACGAAAGCGCUUAAAAUUCUCAAUACAGUAGCUAAAAUGGUAAUGAGCCAAUAGUAAAAUUAAAGAACUUAAAUAAUUUGAAUAACGAUAUGUUUUAUCUCCUAGAUUAAAACUAGCAAAACUUAAAAAGUUUGAACUUUAAUGGACAGCAAUCUUACAAUCAGAGUAAGAUUCCACAAAUAAGGCAGAUUCCAUAAAAAGAAAAGCGUAAAGGCUAGCCUAAUUAGAGAAACAAGAAGAGUGCAAGGUCCCAAUCAAUUAGGAAAAUUCAAUAAUUGAAAACGAAAUACAUGAACAUCAAAACUAUUCUUGAUUAAAAUGAUAAGACUAAAAGGUUUGAAGAUUUAUAUCAGAAAAAUACAUAGUCAAGCAUAAGAAAACAAAAGGAUUAUUAGGAUAAUUAUCAGAGCAGUGUUGAUCAUUUAUUUACCUUCAAACCUCAAAUUGAUCCCGUUUCCAAUAUUAUUGCUUAAAAUUCUAUGCAUGAUGAAUCUACUUUAAAUAAAAGUAGUAGCAGUUUUCAACAUAGUUUAUAUCUCAAAGGUUUGACCCUGAUAGAGUAAAAGUAGUAGAAAAUAGAUAACUUAAAAACUAUCAAAGAGAGAUAAUUAAAAUAAGAGUGCACCUUUUAACCAAACUUUCAUAAAAUCAAAGGCAGAAAUACUCAGCGAUUCAAUUAUUUAACGAGAGAUGAAGAGAGGUCAAUAGAUAAUUUAUAUGAAAGAGGCCUUAAAUUUGUAGAGGACAAGAGACAAAGAAUUGUAAUGGAAAAGAAAAAAUUGUAAAACUAAUCAAUGAUAGAAUGUUCCUUCAAACCAAAGCUUUAAUUAAGUUAAAAUCAAUCUCCUGUCAGAAAGUUUAGGAAAGCAGUAAAACAUAUUCAAAAAGAUAAAAAUUUCAAGCUAGAAUCAUCUGUACUUGAGGAAAGAAGUGUGCGCUAGUUUCUAAUAAGGCAAGAAAAAGCCAAGGAAUUGGAGGAGAUUAAGUAAAAAGAAUUGAAUAAAGUAAACGGCUCCAAAUGGAAAAGAGCUUGUGGCUGA